AUGGCCUCGUCGCCGCCCUUCCGCAGCCCGGUCGCCGCUCACCCGCCCCCGAGCCGCCAAGCAGCCGAGCCGCCCGACAGCCGAGCAGCCCUGCAGCUGAGCCGCCCGACCGCCGAGCCGCCCAGCAGCCAACCCGCCGAGCCGCCGAGCCACACCGCAGCCGAGGCGCUGCCGCCUGUCGGCCUGCCCGGGACCGCCCCACUUGCCUGGGCACACGGUCUCUCCCUAUUUGACCUCACUUCUGGUGCCUCUCCUGCCCCUCCUGCUGAUGCUGACGCCAUUGUUCGCUCACAGUGGGCCACGCGUGAUGCUGCUGCUCGCCUUGCUGUGCCCCGCCACUUACCGGCCACUGAGCUCACCCGGCUCCCUGACUCUCUCCGCGUAGACAGGGACCACUUCCUCUCAGUUUGCCCCACCACUCUCACCGUUGACCUCCUCGAGAAGGCCCUCCUAGUGGCAGAGAAGAGUAUAGUCACUGUAGGAGCCUCUUGUGGUGACCUUCGCACCCCCUUCUUUGAGGGGUGUUCUCCCUCCCCCCUCUUGCCCUCUAUUGCCUCUGCUGCUGCAGCAGACCUCGUUGGUCUCGAGUCGGUCGGCGCUGCGUCUGCCCCGAGCGGAAGACGCCGCCCCGGAAAGGGCAAGGGGGGCAAGGGCGCUGGAGGGGCAGGAGGGGGCGGUGGAGGUGGUGGUGGAGGCAGUGGAGGGAGUGGGGGUGGUGGUGGGAGUGGUGCCGGGGGUGGCGGCGGCGGCGGCAGCAGUGGAGGUGGCGGAGGCGGUGGAGGUGGCGGAGGGAGCGGAGGCGGCGGAGGUGGUAGAGGAGGCGUAGGUGGAGGAGGCGGCGGAGGCGACGGUGGCGGCGGCGGCGGUGGUGGAGCGGGUCGCGACUCUGCGCAGAGGAGUGGCUCAGCUGGUGGUCCACGCCAGCAGCAGCGGAGUGUUGUGACCUGUCCCCUCAGCAGCUUCGUGAGUGGUACACUGCAAGUCAGCGCGGUGGGGGUAUUGGUCCCUGCACUUACAUCCUCCAUACUGGCGACCGAGCUCGUGAGCAGUGUGGAGGCCCGCACUCCACCCAGCGCUGCUUCGGUCGCCUGA